AUGGCGUUCCGAGACGACGAAGAAGCGCUUCCCUUGACUAGGCACGAUGCCAACCACACAGACGACAUUGACCAACCACGGCCCUCCGCAUCCUCCAUAUCCACCACUUCGCUUGUAUUAGAACAUCUUUCAGGCCAUCCAAAUUCUAUCCAAGCCAAAGAAGCCCUGUACUCGCAGCCGCGCUCCGAGGAGUUCGACUUCGAUGACAGAGCCGCCUGGAAGCACAAGAGCCAUGGCUUCGAUUUCAAGGCCCGUCGUAUCCUGUACAUUGUUGCUUCAAUAGCCGCUGCAGGCUGGCUUGCUGCCCUGGUCCUCUUCCUCAGCUCCGGCUCACACAAAUCCCUCGCUAGUCGUCCUCACGAUCCUCAUGCCACCAAGACGGCUGGUCACGGCCAGAAGAUAACGCUCGAGCAAGUCUUGCAGGGAAAAUUCUAUCCCAAGAGUCAUGGAAUCUCGUGGAUUGAAGGCGCUGAAGGAGAGGACGGCCUGUUGCUACAAUGGGGAGGAGAAGGAGGCAGAGACUACCUGGUCGUCGAGGAAGUCCGAUACAUGCAGGACGCUCAAGCCUCAAAACAGCACAGUAAAACUUUGAUGAAGAAUGGUGCCUUCUACCACAACGGCGAGGCUAUCAGUCCGAGUAAUGUCUGGCCCAGCGCCGAUCACAAACGUGUUCUUAUUCAGUCCCACAUCCAGAAGAAUUGGAGACAUUCCCAUACCGGCAGAUACUGGAUCUUCCAUGUUGAUAGCCAAACCGCUGAGCCUCUCGAUCCUGCCGAGCCCAACAAGCGGAUUCAAUACGCCUCGUGGUCUCCUAACAGCGAUGCCGUCGUCUUCACCAGGGACAACAACAUGUACAUUCGAAAUUUGUCUGACAACAAAGUAAAGUCUAUUACAACUGAUGGCGGUGCUCAACUCUUCUAUGGUGUUCCGGACUGGGUCUAUGAAGAGGAAGUCUUCUCAAGCAACAAGGCCACAUGGUGGUCUGGCGAUGGCAAAUAUCUUGCCUUCCUCCGCACCGACGAGGCUGCUGUCCCUGAAUAUCCUGUUCAGUACUUUUUCUCAAGACCAAGCGGCAAGCAACCGAAGCCAGGAGAGGAAAACUACCCAGAGGUGCGCAAGAUCAAAUAUCCCAAAGCUGGCGCCCCAAUGUCUGUCGUCACUAUACAGCUAUACGACAUUGCUAAAGGUCAGGUCUUCACUGUUCCCAUCCAAGGAGACUUCGAAGACAAAGACCGUCUGAUUACUGAAGUCACAUGGGCUGGCCGGAGCGGCAAGGUCAUCGUUCGCGAGACCAAUCGUGAAAGUGAUGUGCUCAAGGUUGUUCUGAUUGAUGCCGAGCGAAGAGAAGGCAAGACCAUCAGGGAGGUGGAUGUCAAUGCCCUCGAUGGAGGUUGGUUUGAAGUCUCCCAAACAACCACGUACGUCCCGUCCGACCCUGCCAAGGGUAGAGAACACGAAGGGUACAUCGAUACCGUCAUUCAUGAUGGCUACGACCAUCUUGCUUACUUCACACCACUGGAUAGCCCAGAGCCAAUCAUGCUCACCAAGGGCAAGUGGGAAGUCGUCGACGCCCCCUCGGCAUUGGACUUGAAGAACAAUCUUGUGUACUUCGUAGCUACCAAGAAAUCGUCUAUCGAGCGACAUAUUUACAGUGUCAAGCUUGAUGCAUCGGACCUCAAAUCUAUCACCGAUGAUAGCGAGGUUGGAUAUUACUCUGGGUCUUUCUCAAAAGGUGGAGGCUACCUGCUACUGACAAACAAGGGCCCUGGCAUUCCGUGGCAAAAGGUCUUGAAUACUCCUAGCAACAGCGACAAGCUAGAGAUGACCAUUGAGGAGAACAAGCCUCUGAGAGAACUCGUCACCAAAACAGAAUUACCCAUCCAGAUCUACCAAACCAUCAAUGUAGACGGCUUUGAUUUGAACCUCGUUGAGCGUCGUCCACCUCACUUUGAUGAGAGAAAGAAGUACCCUGUUCUGUUCUUCCUCUACAAUGGCCCUGCCUCUCAGCAGGUCGAUCGUACCUUCCAUCUCGACUUCCAAUCCUAUGUCGCAUCAUCUCUCGGCUAUAUCGUAGUCACUCUCGAUGGCCGAGGCACUGGGCACCUCGGUCGCGCUACUCGCUGCAUUGUCCGCGGCAACCUUGGGCACUACGAAGCUCACGACCAGAUCGCUGCUGCUAAGAUGUGGGCUGCGAAGAAGUAUGUCGACGCCGACCGCAUAGCCAUUUGGGGCUGGAGUUACGGUGGUUUCAUGACCCUCAAGACUCUCGAGCAAGACGCUGGUCGCACCUUCAAGUACGGUAUGGCUGUCGCUCCCGUGACGGACUGGAGAUACUAUGAUAGUAUAUACACCGAACGUUACAUGCACACACCGCAGCACAACCCUGUUGGCUAUGCAAACUCGACCAUUACAGAUGUCGAUGCUCUGUCCAAGAACGUGAGGUUCUUGGUUAUGCACGGUGUUGCUGAUGACAAUGUGCACUUCCAAAACACGUUGAGUCUGCUAGACAAGCUGGACUUGGCAAAUGUGCAGAACUACGACGUGCACUUUUUCCCGGACUCGGAUCAUAGUAUCUACUUCCACAAUGCCAACAGAGUCGUAUAUGAGAAGCUGAGCAAUUGGCUGAUCAAUGCUUUCAAUGGCGAGUGGCUAAGAACGCCGAAUCCUACUCCACUGGCGCAGAUUGAGAAGUAG